UCCAAGAUGGCGUCGACAAGUAGCAGACUGAUUUCUUGUGGUAGUCGACUAUUUGCUCCUCUGAGGACUGGUUUUGUGCAACCCAGCACGCACCAACAUGCUUCCGCCUUUAAUGUGAAAUGCAGAUCUUUUGUAUCUCUUCCGGAAACCCAUGAGAUGCUCAGAGAGACAUGCCGUGACUUUGCAGACAAAGAAUUGAAACCAGUUGCUGCUGCUAUUGAUAAAGAAUGUCGUUUUCCCAAGGAACAGGUCCAGAAGAUGGCCGAGUUGGGUUUACUUUGUGUGGAUGUGCCAGCAUCCCAAGGUGGUACUGGUCUUGAUUGUCUUGCCUAUUCACUUGUCAUGGAAGAAGUCAGCCGAGGAUGUGCAACAACAGGUACCAUUUGCAGUGUCAACAAUAGUCUUUACCUUGGUCCUGUUAUGAAAUGGGGAACGCAAAAUCAAAUUGAAGAAUUUGCAAAACCAUUUAUGAAUAGUGGGGCAGUUGGAUGUUUUGCAUUAAGUGAACCAGGUAAUGGAAGUGAUGCCGGUGCUGCGUCAACUACGGCUACUCUAGACGGUGAUCACUGGGUUCUCAAUGGUACCAAAGCUUGGAUCACUAAUGGCUAUGAGGCUGGUGCCACAGUUGUCUUUGCAACAACAGACAAGAAACUAAAACAUAAGGGGAUCAGUGCCUUCCUUGUUCCAAAGCCAACUGAGGGGCUCAGCCUUGGGAAAAAGGAAGACAAGUUGGGAAUCAAGGGAUCAUCUACAUGUUACCUAAUCUUUGAGGACUGCAGGAUACCGAAGGAAAAUAUACUUGGUGAACCAGGAUUUGGGUUCAAGAUCGCUAUGCAAACCCUAGAUUGUGGUCGGAUAGGUAUUGCCGCUCAAGCUUUAGGAAUUGCCCAGGCAGCCUUUGAUUGUGCUAUUGACUAUUCAACCAAAAGAACCUCAUUCGGUGCUCCAAUUAGCAAAAUGCAAUCGAUUCAGUUCAAGCUGGCAGAUAUGGCUGCGGCAAUAGAAUCUUCUCGUCUUCUCACUUGGAAAGCUGCUAUGCUGAAGGAUGCUGGUAAACCCUAUAUAAAGGAAGCAGCGAUGGCAAAAUUAGUUGCGUCAGAGGCAUCAACGAUGGUUUCUCAUCAGGCUAUUCAGAUCUUGGGAGGUAUGGGUUAUGUCACUGACAUGCCUGCAGAACGUCACUACCGAGAUGCGCGUAUCACAGAGAUUUAUGAGGGGACCAGUGAAAUUCAGAGACUAGUGAUUGCAGGGAAUUUGUUAAAAGAGUUCUCCCAGACAAGCCAUUAGUGAAAUGUUGACUGGAUAAUGAGUCGUGUCAAAGUAGUUGAUUGAAUGGACUUGUGAUUUACAGGGUGCCUAUCAUUUGGUUGGAGAGAAAAUAAAUGUUAAGUGAUUAUUUAUGUAAA